AUGCCUCUAAACAACUCCCAAGACAACGGCGUAACAGGCGCCGCCAAAUUCACUACUUCGACUGUUGGAAACAUCGUCGGUGGACUGAGUCGCACAGUGGGCGGCGUCACUGGUGCCGCAACGCGCGGAAUCGGUGAUACUUUCACCAGCGCUACGGGAAGCACGGGCAAGCCCGUUGGCGAUGCACUGGGAAGUGUAGGAACAGGAGUUGAGGACGGCGCGAAGAGAGUUGCAAAGGGAGUUGAAGAUGCUGGGCAGUGGAGAUAA